CUCGGCUCAGUGCUAUUCUCGUGCUGUCAGGGAAUAAACGAUGAAACUAUUUUACGGCGCGUUCAUCCUCGCUCUGCUCGGACGGGAUGUUUCCGGCGAGCCAAGGCCCGAUUUCGGCGUCAUAGGAAAUAUCGCCGGAAGUAUUCAAGCCGGCACGGUAGCGAACGAGACGGGCGAAUCGUUCGAUCAGAUCGAUUUCAAGACGAUCACGCUAAAAUCCCACUACACCGUGCUGAAGACGCUCAACACACAGCUAACGAUAAUCGGCAACAACAUCUCCACGACCGGCCUGGAGCUGACGGACAGCCUGGAAGUGCUCGCCCCCAGCAAUGGCUCCCUGCCGCAAGUGUACAACAAUGUCACUGUGGCGAUCGUGAAACUGCAAACGCUGCUCCAAACCGGCCUCACCCCCCAAACGGCCGUGAUCGAGCAGCUGGUCGGCAAGUACAUCGGCGACAUGCUGACCGAUGCGUCGCGCGAGCUGAACGCCACGCUCGUCCGCCUCACCGCCCAGCUCGGGCUGAUGCAGGCGGGUGUGAACGCGGCGGUGGCUGCGACCGGCUCCAGCACCAUUCCAGACACGGUGCUGCGGCGCUACGUCUCGCCCAAGGUGGUGUACGAGCUGUUGCGCGCGCUGCAGGACCUCAAGUCGCGCCUGCCGCUCGUGACGUACAUUAUCGAGCUGACGCUCGGCCAUCUCAGUACGGCCGACGCGUUCCUGCUCGACUUUAUGGACGGUGUCGACGAGAAGGUGCUGGAAACGAUCCGGCACUACGACUCGAUCCGGAAGGAGAUGGAGGCGAGCUCGCUGACGGUGGCCGAGUCGAUCGUGGCACCGUUCAAAAAGUCGUACGAAAAGCAGAUUAGCAGCAUCGCGUACAUCAAGUUCAACCUGCAAGCGUUGGACUCGUACGACGACUCGCUGAAGCCCGUGCUCAACGCGUAUGCCGCCUUGUUCGGGCAAGCGAACCGGCUCACCAUCCAGCCACAGGUUGACACCAUAUAUACCAACUACCUGAAGAACAUCGUCACACUGGACGACUAUCUCGACCGGUUCUACAACGACAAGCUUUGCACGCCGACCAAGGCCGUGCUGGAGGUGCUGAUCGCGUCCGGCCCGUGGGCCGAAUACUGCUUCAGCAAGUACUCGCCCCGGCUGCUCGGCCUGGUGUCCGUCAAUGCCAACCGCUUCCUGAUGUGCUACCAGAUCGAGGCCGAACGGCUGGCGAAGGUCGCUACGCUUGUCGAGCGACUGGUCGCGCAGAUCGUAUACGGCGUGGAGGAUCUGGCCACCCAUCUGAUUGCCUGCUUUAACCGCAUCCCUGAUGGAUCGGAGUGUAUAGCUUCGAUCGGACCGGACUAUAGCGAGCUGGUGGCAACCCUGAAGCUGAAGGUGGAUGACGUGCAGCGACUACUGACCGCCCAGACAACGGCCAGCUACAAUCGUGCGGCGGCGUGCAUUGCCAGCGGAAAGUGCGGCUUUGUCGCCUCGUCCGAAACGUACGUGAAGGACAUUAAGCUGUGCGAAACUAAGGGACCGAAAGUCUGAAUAGUUGCCGAAUAAACAGAACUAUCGGGAGGAAAAAAUGUA